CAUUUUUGCGAAACCCGUGCAAAAAAAUUGUUGAGAAAUCGUCUAAGUCUUUGCCUUUAAAAGGACUUAGAAUAUUUUUGCGAAAAACCGUGUUAAUUGCGAAAACCGUGCAAAAAAAACCGUGCUAAUUGCGAAAACCGUGUAAAAAAAGCCGUGUAAAAAAGAACCGUGCAAAAAAAACCGUGUAAAAAAAAAACCUUAGUGUAGCUAACUCUGUUAUAAAACACUGCCAGCAAAUUUAAUUUUGCUUUAGAACCAACCUUAAUAAAGCAAUGCAGUCAAAGACAAUCUUUCGCAAAGCUGUUUUAAAUUUUCAAUUUUGUAAACAAAAUAAACAAUCAUUUUCCUAAAAAUAUUUAAAAGUUACAUAUAAAACAUGAAUUCUUGGAAAAAAAUUAAAACUUCUGGCACUUUCAAGCGAAAAGUGAAGAAGAAUUUUUAUAAAAUUCUUAACAUAAACCCACUUUUGUUCCAAAAGGUGCAACAACCUGUCCGUAGUACAAUAUACCCGAAACCAGAAACAAGCAGCUCUAUAGAAAGUGCUGGUUCCAGGGAAACGGAUGGCGGUUACGAACUGGAUCAAAACCGUAAGUUGCACUUAUUGGAUGAAUCGGAAAGAUGGGAACUGCCUGCAUAUGAGGAAGAAUACAUUGACCCUGAUCCGGCAGAUGAAACUUUCGCCAACUUGCGUCUUCUGGAUAAUCUGCGUUGUUGGGCGGUCAAGAACAACAUUCGUCAUUCAGUUUUGAAUGAAUUGUUAGCUAUUCUGAACAUUCGCCUUUCGAAUAUAUUACCCCGUGAUCCAAGAACCUUAUUGACGAUCCAGUCGGUGGACCUUCAACAGAUGGAGAACGGGCAAUAUUGGCACCAAGGGGUCAAGAACUGUCUUGAGAGGGUGCUCUCGGAAAGCACUGGGCCAUCAAAUAUAUCAUUAAAAAUUAAUAUUGAUGGACUUCCGGUUUACAGAAGCUCGAAGGACGAAUUUUGGCCGAUUUUGAUUAAUAUUGACGAAUACCCCCAAGUUGCACCAAUGAUUGUGGGAAUUUACGCAGGCAAACAAAAACCAACAAACGUUGGAACAUUUUUGUCACCAUUCGUUGCUGAGAUGGAGAAAAUUUAUCAGGAGGGAAUUUAUAUUAAUGGCCACAAAGUUAUAGUAUCCAUUAGGUGUUUCGUGUGCGAUUCUCCAGCGAGGGCGUUCAUAAAAGGGACCGCUUACUUUAAUGCGCAAAAUGGGUGCCAGAAAUGCACAACAAUUGGAGAAUACUCUUACGUAUCACAUACAAAUUAUUUCCCUCGGGCAGGGUGUCCACCGAGGACUGACGCUGAUUUUCGAAACAAAAAGUAUGGUACACAUCACAAGGAAGACACUCCACUGUUAAGACUCAAUAUAGACAUGGUCAAGGAUUUCCCAGUAGCAGACUCUCUACAUCUAAUAGAUUUAGGUAUCAUGAAAAAACUUCUGCUUGGGUGGCGAGACGGUAAAUUUGGUAGCCUUAACACAAAAUGGCCUGCAAAUGUUGCAAUCAAUCUUUCCAAGAGACUGCUGGAACUCAAGAUGCCACGUGAGAUUCACAGGGCACUUCGAGGACUUGACUGCAUAGCGCAUUGGAAAGGUCUUGAAUUUCGAACUUUUCUCCACUACAUAUCAAUAGUUGUUUUAAAACCAAUUCUAUUGCCGGAAGUUUAUGAGCAUUUUUUAUCCUUAUUUUGUUCUAUUACAAUUUGUUCCUCAGAAAAUUUUACUGAUUUGAUUGAGUUAGCGAACAUGCUCACGAUCAUUUCAAGACAUUUUACGGAGAAGAUUACAUUUCGAGUAACGUUCAUAAUCUGAGCCAUUUAGUGGAUGAUGUCAAACGAUUCGGAAUUUUACCAAAAAUCAGUGCGUAUCCUUUUGAAAACAAACUGUUUCAAGUUAAAUAUCUAGUUCGAUCAGGAAGGCAUCCACUAUCGCAAAUCGCUAAACUACUCAGUGAAUUGAAUCAAAUAUCAAAAAAUGUCGACUUGGGAUUCGGUAUGAAAGACACUCAGCCUGUGUUAAAAAAGAAUUAAUCGAUUUAGAUGUGUUGGACAAUGAUAUAAUCAUUGGAAAUGAAACGAGAGUAUUUGGACAGAUUGAAUUUAAGGAUUUUUCAUUGUGCAAUGACAUCGCUAAUCAGUGGUUUUUGACUAAAUCAAAUGAGAUCGUUGCUAUGAACUUUGCUAUCCAGGACAGCCACAAGAAAAUACAAAUAAGAGGCUGUUGUUUGAAACAACUUCAUUCAUUUUUCGAAACUCCUAUUCGUUCUAGUGUGUUGCACAUUUAUCGUUCUAAUCGAACAAAUAACUUCAUUAAAAAUUUUAAUUUGAGUGAUAUCAAAUGUAAAAUGGUAAUUAUUCCAAAUAAUAACUCUGGAGACGCAAUUUUUAUACCUU